CAUUUUGCUUGUCAUGCACUCUUCUUGCACUGUCUUCUUGUGACAAUCUGAUGGUCAGAUUUUGAGAUUCUUGCAGAACGAAGAUGCCAAUCCUGUGGUUUGAUGUUCUGAGACCUGGCUAACUGUUUGGAUUGUUCAUUAGCAUGUGUGAACAAAACAGGGCAAGUUAGCACCCACCAACUACAAUUUGAUCACUGCUUAAAGUAUGGAGUUAAAAAUCUGCAAGCAGUUUUCAAGUCCCUUCAUAGAGAGGAAAGAAAGCGAAAAGAAGAAAUCCUAGCUAUCUACUUGCAAGAAGCUCAAAUGCAUAAAGGUUCACAAAAAGAAGCUGCAGACUGAUGGUGAGGCUACCACCGUACGUUGCAAUAUUCUUGUUACCAUCUCUAUCUCUUCUACUGCUUGGUGCUUCAGAUGACAGACUCACUCCCGGGGAAUUCAUCUCCCUGAAUGAGACUUUGGUCUCCGAUGCUGGAGAAUUUGUGUUCGGCUUCUUCUCUCCUACAAAUUCCACUGGUAAUUUCUAUGCCGGGGUGUGGUACAACAUCCCUCAAAGGACAGUCAUAUGGGUUGCCAACAGAGAGAAGCCGAUCAAUGAUUCCUCUGCGACUCUUCGAAUCUCUGAUGACAGCAACCUCGUCAUCGUGGACUCAGAAGGUGGCAUCUUCUGGUCAUCAAAUUUAUCAGGCUUUGGCACACCAGGCAAUGACACAGCGGCAGUGCUGUACAACUCAGGAAAUCUAGUUCUUAGAGCAAACAGUCAUAAUAUACUGUGGCAGAGCUUUGAUCAUCCUACGGACACCUUCGUUCCAGGUAUGAAGAUCCGGUACAGUUACCGCAAACACUCAGCCAGGUACUUUACAUCUUGGAAGGACGCAAACGACCCCUCACCAGGGAAUUUCUCCUUUGGAAUUAAUUCCAGCACUUCUAUCCAGACCCUGAUUUGGUCGGGGACAAAGCUCUACAGGAGAAGCCAAGUGUUGAUUGGGAAAAUGCUCACCGGAUCACGGGCAAUCAACACCGCGGUGGCAUACUUAACAAUGCUAGUAUAUGAUGAUGAGGUCUUCAUCACACUAAGUGUCUCAGAUGCAUCAUUGUAUAUUAGAUACACAUUAAACUAUUUAGGACAGAUUGAGUUACUGAUUUGGGAUAAUCGUUCCAAGAAUUGGACGAAGAACUCGUCUGUGCCAAAUUACAAGUGUGAAACAUAUGGAUGGUGCGGUCAAUUCGCGUAUUGUGAUAGUACUGAAUCAGUGCCAGCAUGCAAAUGUAUGGAAGGAUUUAAGCCCAAGGUUCAGAGUGACUGGGAGACUGGGAACUUCUCGGCUGGUUGCAUCAGAAAGAAGGCAUUGAGGUGUGGUGAUGGAGAUGGAUUUCUGAGAGUUGAAGGCAUGAAAUUGCCAGACCAAUUUGUGUUACUUGGGAACAGAAACAUCGGAGACUGCAGAACUGCAUGCCUAACCAAUUGUUCCUGUACGGCUUAUGCUUAUCCUGAUGUGACCACGGGAAACUCAACGAUCUCAAGGUGCUUGAUUUGGGUGGGAGAGUUGAUAGAUACUGAGAUGUUAAGCAGUGGUGGGGAGGAUCUCUAUUUGCGCCUAAUGGAUAUCAGUUUAGGAACGUCAGGAAGCAAGACGAAGACUAGGAGGAUAGUAAUUAUAGUAUCUCUUUCUGCGAUUAUCGUUUCUUUGGCUUGCAUCUUUAUCUUAUGGAAGUUCAGUGAGGUAUUUGGUGUCUUCAAGGAUCAAAAGAAAGGAAAACUACUAUGUGAUCUGAGCUCAAGUACAGAUUUUGCAAACAACAUCUCUGGCUCGAACGAAUUCAUAGAAGGGCAGCCUCAUCGAGGUCCAGAACUUCCGCUAAUUGGUUUUGAGAACAUACUCUUGGCCACAAACAAUUUCUCCGAGUCAAAUAAGCUGGGAAAAGGAGGUUUUGGCAUAGUUUACAAGGGAAACCUACCAGGAGGAAAAGAGAUUGCUGUUAAAAGACUCUUGAGAGGAUCUAGGCAAGGUUUGUCGGAGUUCAAAAAUGAGGUCAUUUUGAUUGCCAAGUUACAGCACAGGAACUUAGUCAAGCUUCUUGCUUACUGUAUCCAUGGGGAAGAGAAGCUACUGGUCUACGAGUACAUGCCCAACAAAAGCUUGGAUUUCCUCCUCUUUGAUCCAACCCAGAAAACAAAGCUUGACUGGGGGAAGCGAUUCAACAUAAUCAAGGGGAUCGCUCGAGCGCUUCUCUAUCUUCACCAGGAUUCGAGGCUACGGAUAAUUCACCGGGAUCUAAAAGCCAGCAACGUUCUGCUCGACGAAGAGAUGAACCCCAAGGUGUCUGAUUUCGGCCUGGCAAAGAUUUUUGGCGGCAACCAGGACGAAGCCAACACCGACAGAGUCGUCGGAACAUAUGGCUACAUGUCUCCCGAAUACGCAAUGGAAGGGCUCUUCUCCGUGAAGUCGGAUGUCUACAGCUACGGCGUGCUGCUGUUGGAGAUCGUGAGCGGCUUCCGGAACAGCAGCUUUCCCCUCGCCAUGGACUCCCCUAAUCUCCUGGCUUACGCAUGGCAACUGUGGAACGAAGGCAACGCAGAGGAUUACGUCGACCCAUCGAUUGCCUGCUCAUGCGCUCGGGCGGAGGUGGUGCGAAGCAUCCAUGUCGGCCUGCUGUGCGUGCAAGACAGCCCCAGUGAUCGCCCAGCCAUGUCUUCAGUUGUUUUCAUGCUGGAAAACGAAGAAGCCACAAUCUCUGCAGCACCCAAACAACCCAUCUUUACAAUUCAAAGAAACCUGAAUCCAGAUACAGGUCAUCCACCAGAUGACACCUACCAGGUGUAUUCUUACAACAACGUGACCGUCACAGCUGCAGAAGGACGCUAGAGACCCAUCUCAAAAUAUGUCGAGCAGAGACACCAACAAGCAAGCAGAGGUCUGUGUUGGGUGUUCGACUCUCUUGUCAUGUUAAUAUUUCUCUCGAGAUCAUUCUAGCUUAGAAAAUUCACUUGUUUGUGAAUCUAUCUUGGUGUAUUGUUUGACUUCGCAUUCUGCCUUCAGGUCUGACACAUGACGGUCACAACAUGAUGAGACUGUCGAUGUUAUCACAACUUGCAGUAGUGAGUUUGACAAAAGAUUGUCACUGAGGUAUUAUAUAUAGUUGGAGACACUUGUGACGGAAUAAAUGAGGAUGAGCAUGGAAUAAUUGAUGUGAUUUCUUUA